GGAUUUCAAUCGAUGGCCUGACGAACCUUUUGAAGAAAUGGAUAGUACGCUUGCAGUUCAACAGUACAUACAACAAACAAUUCGCAUUAAUCCAGCAAAUAUCGAUCUUAUUUUAUCAAUGCCUGAAUCGCAAGAUGAAGGAGUAUGGAAGUAUGAGCAUUUACGAGAAUUUUGUAUGGAACUCAAUGGUUUAGCCGUAAAACUACAAAUUGAGUGUUACCCUGAAAACUGUUCUCAAAUGACCGCUACAGAACAAUGGAUUUUCUUAUGUGCUGCUCAUAAGACUCCAAAAGAAUGCCCGGCCAUUGAUUAUACAAGACAUACAUUAGAUGGAGCUGCUUGUUUGUUGAAUAGUAAUAAAUAUUUUCCGAGCAGAGUCAGCAUUAAAGAAUCGUCAGUGGCCAAACUUGGUUCAGUUUGUCGGAGAGUUUACAGAAUAUUUUCUCAUGCAUAUUAUCACCACCGCAAUAUAUUUGAUGAAUUUGAAAAUGAUACUCAUUUAUGCCGCAGAUUUACAGUAUUUGUAACUAAGUAUAAUUUGAUGUCAAAGGACAAUUUAAUAGUGCCUAUUAACGAUAUCACCGAAAUGAACGAAAUUGAUCAUCAGUAAAAUAAAUGUUGCGAAUUGAAAAAUUGAAAAUGUUUGUUUGAGUAGAUAAUAAACAUGUUCAUUCAAUUAUGAUUUGAUUAGUCAACGAACUUAAAAAAUUUUUCAAGUUAAUGUUGAAAAUAAAACGUAAUCUGUUGACGCACGAUAUCAAAUUUUUUAGUAUAUUAGUAAAACUUCUAUAAAAUCGCUUAACAUUUGAUUUAUCGGACGUCAUCAAAAAGUGUUUUUAAUGUGGUAUAAUAAUUUAAAGUUCUUAUUAAUUUGAAUCGUAUUUUUCCGGUACACUAUUAAAUAUCUCACCGAA